CAACUAUCGCCACAGUGACACCAGGAGCAUGGCUCGAAUCACCGCUCUUGUACAGUCCUCCGAAGCCCAAUCUUCACGAAACCCUUCAACACCGACAGAAGACACCGCACCCCUCUCCACAGAGAGUUCGCCUGAUCGCUCCCCCGAUUCGGAUAAGGAAAACCGGACCAACUCCAGAAGAAGCCCUGAUAGACGAAAGGGCGGAGCGGGGGCCAUGUCGGUGAGACCGGGCGCAGAGACAGGCAGCAGCAAGAAACGAAGAAGAGGUGAAGAUGACGGCAACAUCCAAACUCAAGCAGCUCAUCGCAGAGAACUGAACAAGCUUGAUCGGCGGCAUUACGACCCCGACCAGAAACCGGAAGAACGACGACAAAUCCGCAAAGAUCUUCGUAGCCUUUACGAUGACCUCAACGAAUCUAAAUCAGACUAUGUACGACCGGAGAAUAAUGGUCUUCAGGAGAUGCUGCGACGGCAGGACGAGAUCUUCAAAGCUGUCAGACAACCGGCAGAAGCAACAAUUGAUUCAAGAUUACUGGUGGAUCUAGCCGAUACGGCAGCGAAGAAGACAAACAAUCUCACAGUUGGCAGUGCCUCUACUGGUGUGGACGUCGAUGACUUUAUCACCAAGUGUAUCGGCUUUAUGAAACGAGGUGAUGAAUUGGACGAGGCAACAGCACGAAAUGCACCAUCAAGUACAGCAACUCAGCGCCAGCGGAGACGGAACCGGGCCGAGGAUGACGACGACGAUGACGAGCCUAUGAAUUGGGCAUAUCUCGGGCAAAGUGCCUGUUUUUUGUACAAUUCUCGGCCUUGUUUGACAGGGUUUCUACUUGGGCCUUUGUCUGUUCAGAAAAAACAUCGUCAGCCCACACAGCGGAAAGCUAGAGAGGCGCGGACCGAUGGCACGCAAGCAGCACGGCCGAUAGAACUCACGCAUGAGGACUUGGAGCAGCAAGAAUCUGCCAGUCUGACAGUUGUGUGUACUGAGAUUGCUCGACUACUGGCAAAAGCUCAGGAAAAUGGGUCAAACAAUGCUGAUCGCGACUUUGAGUUGCUUGGUGACGAAGCAACACAAGAGAAGGCAGACGAGAUCCUCAGACGGAACAACAUAGCUGAUAACGGAUGUGUGCCGUUGUUCAAGUUCUGCGUCAACCCUCAAUCGUUUGGUCAGACUGUUGAGAAUAUGUUUUAUGUGUCUUUCUUGAUCAAGGAAGGUAAGCUUGGGUUGGAUUUCGAUAGUCAUGGUCUCCCCACUUUGGGAAUUGCAGCUUCACGAACGGUGUCAGAAAGACAAGAAACGCAGCGAAAUCAAGCGGUCUUCACUCUUGAUUUCGACAUAUGGGAAGACAUCGUUAAGAGCUAUGGAAUCCAGGAUUGCAUCAUCCCUUAUCGUAAAGAGGAGAACUAUGAUGACGGUAUCGUUGAUUAUGGCCGGAUGGAAGAUGACGCCGACAGAGAGAUUGAGGAGGACUCUGAUGCUUAUUCAUGACCUGUCGAGAAAGCUG